AUGAAUGACCGAAUUUCCCGUAAAACGAACAAUCCUCAACAGCUUUCAGGACCUGUCCGAAUUAUCGAUCGUCGAAACCGGUUAAAGCAAGUGGAACGUGAACCAAGAUCGUCGAGUGUUCCUAUCUGUAAAGAAAGAGCUUCACCAAGUCGUAGAAACAGGGUGAAAGUGAGUAUCGACGAUUCCCGAAGGACCAAUCGUACCAAUGUAGUGUCUUGGAAUGUUGCUGAGGAAGACUCAGUGAGCUCGGGAAAAAAUUCUUUCGCUCAUGCUAGACGAAACAUCCAAACCAUAAGGGAUCGUUUCUUCCCACCCUCGAGUCAGAAUGCUCUCAACGGAAAACCGCCACCCUACAACUCGACCAACCAUAUCGAUUUCUCCCAAGAUAGAUGGCAAGUUGCAUCUUUAGAUUCUCCCAACUUUGAAGGGGAACCCACGCGACAAGCGGGCUCUGUGUUGGCACAGUGGGGCACGGUUUGCAGUCACGAAAACGGUGACUCCGAAUCUGUACUUUUUACCAUGGGAGAAAUAAUCAGGCUUCCAAAACUAUGCCCAUAA